AAAAACAAGACCAAAGAAAUGACCAAUGCAGUUACAAAUAUAAUGACAUGGUUUAUGGAUGAGGUAACAGAUAUCCUCUAUCCAGCCAUAAUGGAAUAUGAAGAGAGAAAAAUAACCGAGAGAGAUAUGAGAGACAAGGAGGGCAGUGCCAAAAAGUGUGUCUGCACAGGCAGAAAGAUAACACCCAGCAGCUCACCAGGAUGUGGGAAGAAAGGGAAUAGAGGAAAAUUAACCUCACUUUGUUCUCAACACGCACCUGGCCUGUCUCCAACUCUUGGUAGAGAGGUUUGGGAAGACAAUCUUCCCAAACCUGAACCGGCAGCAGUACCUCCUCGUCCGGCUAAUCAUCUCUCCUGUUUGCGCUGGGACAGUGUGUGCAUGGCACAAAAAGAUGGCCAAUUAGAAACCCAUCUCAUUAGGGAAGAUAUUUCUUCUGAUGUCUCACAAGAUCGCCCUAAAACAGGCAUGCUUAGAAAGUUGUUAUCAACGAUCAAUGCCCAGAAACGAGUGCUUGGUUCUGGGGAACAGGUCCAAAGGGAAGGGCAAAUGCCACGACAGGUUCAGGUCCCCGAGCUUGCAAACCCCCACUCAGGGGGCAUCAGAAAG